AGAAAACAUUCAGAGUUAUCACGUGAUUCGCAAAAUGGCUGAUGGAGUGGAACCUCCCCCAUUCGACAAUGAUGAAGAUGAAGUCAAAGAAGAUGAUGAUUUGUUUUCUGAUGCCAAGGAGAAACCAUCCUCUCCAGAAACAGAGAAAUCCCCAGAACAUGUCUAUAGUAGACCACCUGUGAUUGAUAAAUCUUCUGAUGAUGAAGAUAAAGAUGAGGAUGAAGAUCUUUUUAAAGGUGGUAGUUCUGAAAUUAAGUUAGACUCUGAUGAAGAUGCUGAAGAAGAGAACAUUACAAAGAAAACGCCAGAGCCUAAGCCUAAUGCUGCAGUUGGAGCCACUGCUAAAGAAUCGACACCACAGAUUCCUAUCUCACAGGCAGUAACAGCAAAGACAAAAGUAGCAGCUCCUUCUUUGAAGAAUGAUGAUGUAGCAGAAAGUUCUGAUGACAAGGAAGUUUAUGAGAUUGAUAUUAAAAUAACUGAAACAUUGAAAAUGGGAGAUGGAAUGUCAGCCUACAUAGUGUAUAAAAUAGUCAGUAAGACCACUAACCCAAAUUACAGACGUCCUGAAAAUGCAGUUCUUCGACGUUUUAGUGACUUUUUGGGCAUGCAUGCCAAAUUGGCUGAUAAACAUGUGCCUUUGGGAAUUAUUGUGCCACCUGCUCCAGAAAAAAGUGUUAUUGGUAUGACAAAAGUUAAGAUGUCCAAAGAGGAAUCAGGUUCAUCAGAUUUUGUAGAAAGACGUCGAGCUGCGCUUGAAAGAUUUCUUAUUCGCACUGCAGCACACCCAACACUGGCUAGUGAUCCAGAUUUUAUUGAAUUUCUUGCAAAAGAUGGGGACCUUCCAAAGUCUACUAGCACUUCUGCUUUGAGUGGAGCUGGUGUCAUGAGAUUGUUUCAUAAAGUCGGAGAGUCCUUUGAGAAAAUUACCUUGAAGGUUGACGAGAGUGAUGAGUGGAAUCAAGAGGUGGAGUGGUUUGAAGAGAAACAACAGCAAGUUGAGGCAUUAGAUAUACAGCUGAGAAAACUUCAUACCAAUAUAGAGACUCUCUCACAGCAUCGUAAAGAGUUGAGUCAAAGCACUGCAGUAUUUGCCAAAAGUGCAGCGAUGCUUGGGAAUGUAGAAGAACAUACUGCACUCUCACGGGCAUUGUCGCAACUGGCUGAGACCGAAGAAAAAAUUGAGCAGAUGCACAAAGAGCAGGCAGAGGCAGAUUUCUUUGUAAUGGCAGAGUUGAUGAAGGACUAUGUCGCUCUUAUGGGGGCUGUCAAAGAUGUUUUCCAUGAGAGAAUCAAGACAUACAAACUUUGGAAAGAUGCAGAAGCCACUCUGGGCAAGAAGAGAGAGAACAAGGCCAAGCUAGAGAUGCAAAACAAAACUGAUAAAAUAUCACAAGCUAAAGCUGAGAUUGAAGAGUGGGAGCAAAAGGUUGAAAAGGGACAAGAAGACUUUGAAACUAUUUCUAAAAACAUAAAAAAAGAGAUGGUGAGGUUUGAAAAACUUCGAGUCAAUGAUUUUAAAGAAAGUGUGAUUAAAUAUCUUGAAGUACUUAUGGACAACCAAGAAAAGCUCAUAAAAUACUGGGAAACCUUCCUGCCAGAGGCCAAAGCAAUAGCCUAGACCCCGAAUGUUUUUUAGCUUUGAUAAAUAAAUGUUUGAAAAUGUGAGUGUAAACUGUAAUCUGUGCGGUAUGAAAGUGGAUGGGAGGGCCGUUUUAAGCUCUCGUUUGAAAUUUAAUUUCCAAAUUAAAAAAACAAUUUUGUAUAAAUCUCCAUUCACUGCAUUUGUAGUAUUUAGAUGAAGAAUUUAUCAUAGUUCAAAAGUUUGGGACCAUAGGUAAUGAGUGUUUGGAUUUAUGCUAAAAAAAAUAGCAUAAUUACUGUAAUGUGCAGUUUAUUAAAUGGUGUUAAAUAUUCCAUAAAAAAUGUAUUAGUUGUGCUGUUUCAAUUGUACUGUUAUUUUUCCACCAUUAUUUAUUUUCCAAACAAUUUACAAUGAUUAUAUAAAUAAAUGAAAAUGUUAAUGUGAAUUUUCUUGGAUGUUUUAAUGAUUCAAAUUAAGUUAUUAUUUUUGUUAUACAUUGGGAUUUAUUUUUUUUUAAUGAUUGGUGAACACUGUCAGUGUAUUUUCAAACUUAAUUAAAACCAUACAUUAACUGUUUAAUAAUUUACUUUUAAAUGGGUCUCAGUCAAAUUUCUGUAGUAGUUGCUUAACAAACACUUUUCUCAAAAAAUAUUUAUGCUUUAUUUUAUUUAAAAUAGGGAUACUAAAUUCAAAAGUAAAAAAAAAAAAAAGAAAUCAGUACUUAUUUAAAGAAAUUUUUUUUUAACUUCUGUAUCAAAAAAUUAAUUUAUUUGUACAUGCUUAGCAGUUGUUUUUACAAUGUAUAUUCUUUAAAUGUUUUCACUGUGUAUGUUCAUUUACCAGCAUAAAGCAUACAUCAAUAUAUAUUUGUAUUGUGAUACAUUUUGUGCAAGAGAUAUUAGAACACUGAAACCUGGAUGUUUUAGCUUCAUUAGAAUAACAACUUGUGGUACUCUAUAAGCAAAUCAAUUGUGUUAACAGAACAUUUCUUUAUUUCCUACUGUGUGUCAGCUUGAUAUUCAAACUGGGCUGUACACGCUUCGCAGUUGCACAUUCGUUUUUCAUUUUAUUGCUGUUUUCUUUUUCAUUGAAAAAUUUUACACAAUUUAUUUUAACAUUGUUUUAUUAAGAAUUAAAAGUGUUUGAAGACGUU